AUGGCGUCCGGGGCGACUGGAGGGUCACAGCUCUCGGCGUUUUGUGCCGUAGCUUCCUUCCUUUGGCUUGGUCAUAGUAUAGAAAGUCACCAACUGAUUGAACAACCGCGAGUCUCAUCCAUAUUAGUCCUGUUGACAGCCGGAGCUUUCUCAUAUGUUGCUAGUCACUUUUGGCAAUGGCUGCCAGGUUCCAACGGGAGGUUCGCAGCCAUCAUUUUCAGACUCGAACUGUUCCAUCGAGUGACGGCGGACUUGCAAUGUUCGUCUCCUGGAGUAGAGGCCUUUCUUCCUCUAGUAAUCCUCUUCUAUGAGCUCUUGCCAGGUCGACGAGCCCGUGUAGGCCCGGCCAAGGACGCCGAGGAGGAAGAUGACAUGGGACGAACAACAUGGGAUGAUAUUGGGGACUGGGUGGCCGAGUCUAAACAGUCCCUUACCAUUUCCAUCGUUUUCAUCUCCUUGGGGGCCUAUCUCGCUUCUUCCCAGGACAUGAGGUCGAGUUACAUCUGUACCAGCUUCGACAAUAGCACCCUUGUCCGGUCUCUUCAAUGGCUCGGUCUUUUGCUGGACGGUGUCAUCGUGAUCCUACUAUGGCGCGUCCUCGCUUGGGCCAGGACGAACAAGAGCCGUCUGAUCUCUGUGAGUGUGGUGUUUGUGGCCUCGGCAGUCGGCAGCGGUCUUUUGUACACUUCUCUCCGCAUGUUUCUGCCUUCAGUGCCGUUAAGCCAUCACUUCAAGGGCAUUGACGCUUUGUUUGUCUUCGACGUCGUUACCGAUGGCUUUGCCGUUGCUGUUCUGUUUGUUUCUGCGAGUCUUUUGACUACCGAGAAGACACCGCUUUCUCUUGUUGGCAUCUUCACCUUCAUCUCCGGUCUCGUUGUUGGAUGGGGCAAGCUGAAGCUCACCGGAGGCGCUGAGAACACCAUGCACGGCGUUGCAUACCUCGCCGUACUACUCAUAAGCUUGGGUACAUCAAUUUUUGUUUACGCCAACAACAUACAAAGAGUGGUACUCAUCCACCGCAGCAUCCUGGUUGCACUCAUGUUCAUUUCACUCAUCGCCGCCACGAUUGUUGCCGUUUCCAACAACAGGAACGACUACUUGUUCGAACACCCUAUCGAGACAAUGAUCUUCAAGGCCCGAACCAAUGCCGACAGAUACUUGACUCAUGCCGUAGCCAGUAACUCUCUCCCGGUUGCCGUGAAUGAGUACAAGGCUCGCUACGGGGGGAGAGAUCCGCCACCCAAGUUUGAUGAGUGGUACAAGUUCGCCGUGGAUAACAAGUCACCCAUCAUCGACGACUUCGACCAGGUGGUCCACGAUAUCCGGCCGUUCUUGGGGAUCUCGCCCAGUAAAAUCAAGGAGGACAUUCAGCGGGUGGCCAAGGAACCGGGCAUCGCGCUGCUCAGAGUCGCCAAUGGCACAGCUUCGCACAGCUUAUCCAAAGAUUCCGAGCACGCAAUGGUCAUGGACGAGCUGGCCAAAAUGGUCAACAAGUUUGCACAACACCUCCCUGACAUGGAACUCCCCAUCAACCUGGAUGAACGGCCACGGGUCCUCACUCCCUGGGAGGACGUGAGGAGAUUCACCGAAAAGGCAAAGCAAAAGGGCUUCGGCAAGCUCCUCUCCAAGCGUGAAGAUGAAGAAGAAGGCAAAGCACCAUCCCAGCCCCUUGACCUCUCCUCAUCCGCCACAACCUCCGUCCGCACCUUUCAAGAGAUGACCGCCCUUACCUGCCCUCCCGGCACCGCCACCCGCGCCGGCAUUCACUGGGACGUACGGGACUUCUGCCUCUCCUGCGUGCGCCCGCACUCCGCCGGGACAGGUAUCUUCCUCCACGACUUCGCCGCUUCGCAGUCCAUCUGCCACCAAUCCGAUCUCUUCCACCUCCACAGCUUCUUCUUCACGCCACCCUCCGUGCCCCCGCUGCGCGACCUAGUCCCUGUCUUCAGCCGGUCCAAGCUCUCUAGCUACAGCGACAUCCUCAUCCCCAUCCCCACGUUAGACGAGGUCCUCCACAAGGCCAACACCCAGCCGGACACCAGCGACUUUGAUCUGAAAACCCCGGCGCUCUACUGGCGCGGGGCGCAAGCGGAGCAAGUCUCGGAUGAGAUGCUGCACGGCGGACAACAAGAACGGCUGGUCCAUUUAGUCUCAGAUAACUCGAGUACCUCGACAACGCUGAUGCUCAUCCCCCAAAACGAAGUCCGCUCCCGCGCCGCUUACGAGCGCGUAUCCACUUCGUUGCUCAACUUCCUUUUGCCGUUCGACAUUGGUUUCUCCUCCGUUAGCCCCACCACCGCAGCAGCUUCAUCAUCAGAAUUCACAACAACCACCCGCCCCCCUCAUUCCAACCCCCUAUCAUCCAACCAAUAUAUCCUCACCCUCGACCCGCCCUUUUCCUCCUCUCCUUCCUCCUCUCCUUCCCCCUCUGGGUCCACCACUACCACCUUCCUCGCCGCCCUCAAAAGCACCAAUGUCCCCUUCACUUCCACCCUCUUCACCCACUGGUACUCCUCCCGCCUCCAACCCUACCUGCACUUCAUCCCCCUCGACAUCCGACUGCACUCCCUGCACGCCACUUUGGCCUACUUCGUCGGCCUCAAGGGAAAGGCGUCCGCGUCCGAUCGGCUGGGGAACACAAAGGGGGCCAUGAUUAAUGGGCGAGAAGUUCGACAGAAGAGUAGGACGGACGAGGCGAAGUACAUUGCUGAGCAGGGGAUGAAGUGGGCGGAGAAGGCAGUGAGGAGAGAGGACGAGGAGGUUUAUUUGUUUCGGGUGUUGGUGGAGUGGGGGAGGGUGGUGCAGGAGGAGAGGGACGAUUUAAAGUUUGUGAUGGCUGAAACGUCGAAGGAGACCAAGCAGACCAAGGAAAUGAAGGGUUGAUUGAUUGGUAUUGUGGUUGAGAGAAGGUGAGGUAGAGGAGGAGAUGAUGAUUUUUCAUAGGAAAAUGGACAUGUGUUGGUAUGCCUACAAAUUGGAAAUGAGCACCGCAUUUAAAACCCUUGAA